ACCAACAUGUCAGUGCCAUGCAUCUGUGUAGUACCCUAGGUUGACCUGGGUUCAGGAGAGGACCCUGACAUUAAUCUGGGCAGGAAGACCCCUCAUCCUACACCCCCAAAAAGGAUAGAAAGAUUUCUUGUACCUUUCACCUUACAUGGCUCGCAGAACAUUAAAUCCAUGAGAGCUUUAUGAAGUUGGAUGCAGAGUGCCUGCCACUGAAGAGGAGAAAAGGUGGUGUGGAAAAUGUGCAAACUGUUUGUGAGGGUCUCAGCUAAGCCUCUCCAGGGCCUCUGGCACCAGCCUCCCCUCUGCAGCUCUCUCCCCAGCCAGGACCCCCAGCUGUCCUCUCAGGCCCCCUGCAACAGCUGAAGGGUGUGCGGGGGGAGGGAACGGGGGUCCAGGCGUUGCUGGUCACAUUCGUCGCUGGCACUCAGGGCCCGGGCUCCCCGCCCCUCCUCCCGAGGCUCGGCACUAUUUUGGGUGGUGUAGACCCCGCCCCCACCUCCAAGAGAGCCCUGUCUCUCCAGGCAGCUGGAGGGGUCCCGCUGCGUCGCUGGGGCUGCACCUCGGACCAGGGCCGCCGACGCGUCUGCAGCCAUGUCGGGCCGCUCGGUGCCACAUGCCCACCCGGCCACCGCUGAGUACGAAUUUGCCAACCCGAGCCGCCUGGGUGAGCAGCGCUUCGGAGAAGGCCUCCUGCCAGAAGAAAUCCUGACCCCCACCCUCUACCAUGGCUACUAUGUCCGGCCUCGGGCUGCCCAAGCUGGGGAGGGCAGCAGGGCAGGGGCUUCCGAGCUCAGGCUCAGUGAGGGCAAGUUCCAGGCAUUUCUGGAUGUGAGCCACUUUACCCCAGAUGAGGUGACUGUGAGGACUGUGGACAACCUGCUGGAGGUGUCUGCCCGGCACCCCCAGCGCCUGGACCGCCACGGCUUCGUGUCGCGAGAGUUCUGCCGCACCUACGUCCUGCCUGCUGAUGUCGACCCCUGGCGGGUCCGCGCUGCUCUCUCCCAUGAUGGCAUCCUUAACCUGGAGGCGCCUCGGGGUGGCCGACAUUUGGACACAGAGGUCAAUGAGGUCUACAUCUCCCUGCUCCCUGCACCUCCUGAUCCGGAGGAAGAGGAGGAGGCAGCCAGAGUUGAGCCCUGAGUGCCACAGACCUAGCACCCUGCGAAUUCCUUUCUAUCUACUGCCGUGAUACAAGCAGCUGCCCACCACCCCAGAGGUAGCAGCAUCCUUGGGGAAAGGGAAAAGUGCACGGUCCACAAUGUAUGGUUUGGUCCCUUGGGACAUGUGGUAGCCUUUGGUUUAGUUCUGGGUGGAGCUUAAUAAACCCAAAUCUCAGGGC